AUGGCCCACGGCCCCUGGGGAUCAUUGUCUCUGGUGUUUGCUGCUCUUAGUGUUUGCGGCGCCCUGGGUGGAUCCUGCCUCUUCGACUUCGAAGACACCGCCAUCGACAGCUGCCCCAGCGGGUGGACCUGCACGGGCGACGCGCGCGUCGUCUCCCGAUACACGUGCGUGUCCGGUUGCGGGACGCCGCUGCCCAACGCCCAGGGCGAGCAGUACUUUUCGAUUGGCGGGGACGGCGACACGGGCACGGCGCAGUCGCCGACGUUCGAACUCCCGUCCGACGCCCAAAGCCUUGAAUUCCUGCGGUGCGGCGGCGCGGAUUCCCCCUCCGGCGUUUCGGUUCACCGCGAGAGCGGCAGCGUGGUCUGCUCAAGCAGUCGCGGCGACGACACGGAUUCGUUCUUCUGGGAUUCCUGCGACGUCUCCAGCGCCGACGGCGAGAGAGUCUACGUGCGGAUCGUCGACACUCAAUCUUCCUCUUGGGGAAAGGUCUUCGUGGACAACAUUCGCCUCGACGGCGGCGGCGAUGGGUGCGAUGAUAGCGGCGAUUCUUCGGGUUCAAACUGCGACCGUAGCCUAUGCUCGAGCGUCGCCGACGACUGCUGCGCGCCGCUGAGCAUUGGCGAGGCGGCGACGUGCCGGAACGGCUACGUGGCGCAGCGGACCGGAAACGGGUGCUUUGGGUACGGCGAGGGCGAUUACACGUGCUGCUCGACGUCCGCUAGUGAUUCAAACUGCGCAGCGGCGAGCACCGGCGCUUGCCUCGAGGGCGGCGGUGUCGACAACGACUGCUGCGCUACUUGCGGCAACGGGGGCUGCGCGUCUGGUUAUACCUAUGCUGGUCAAGUUGUCAUCGACAGCGGGACGCUCUCUUCGACGUACCCUGACUUCUACCCUCAUUGUGGCACGAUGUACUGCGGCAACACGUGCUGCGUGCCGUCGAGUGGUGGUUCGGAGCCAGACGAGGGCGAGGCCGCGCCCUGCAAUGGAGGCCACGAUGACGCGGAGCGGAUACUAAGCUGUAUCAAACAAUUCUCCGCCUCGGAGUGGCUCGGCUGCACCUCAGAUGGGAGAUACGAGUGCCACUGCAGCAAUGACGAUGGGGUCAACUACUGCUGCGGUAGCCAGAACCAAGCUGAGGCCAUCGCGAUAUGGGAACAAUGCCUCGGGGAAGGUGGCUCCUCUACUACUGGAUUUACGAUCACAAGCUCAAACGUGCAUUGGGACGAAUGUCCCGGCGAGUGUGCCGCCAUUGGGGGCACAUUCGCUUGCAUCAGCGACGAGUCGCAGAAUGGGCAAGCCUUGGCGGCGUUCGGGGGCAGUUGUCCCGACGGAGCGGACGACUGCGGGGCAUGGAUCGCGGUGAACGAUAAGGCGUCGGAGGGCAACUGGAUCUGCACGGCCGACGGCAGCACACAAACCUAUCAACCUUGGUCUGCCAUUGGUAGUGAACCCAACGGCGGCUCCGGCGAGAAUUGCGCGAAUAUGUGGGGCCCAAACUCGGGAAGAAACGACGGGGCGUGGAACGACUACGGCUGUACCGAUGCUCGCAUGCCAUGCAUAUGUAGGGGCGGGGGCGAUGACGAGGACUACUCCUUAACGUACUACGAUGACGGGUCGCGCCAGACGUACGAGUGGAUGAAGAGCAGCUGCGCAACAAAGGGCAAGCGCCUGUGCACGUACGGCGAGAUUUGCCCCAAUGGAGGCCCGCACCAGGCCCCGUACGGCGGACAGCAAGCAAGCACUGAUAUGUGGGCGCCAAUAACUCCCGAUGCGGGCGAGGGCGGCAGCAGGAACCAGGAUUGGGUUCAGAUCGGGACGCGUGACGGUGGUAUGUGCAACAAACACAGCUCGUUUUACGGUGGCGUGCAUCCUGACGAGUGCUGCUGUGGAGACUGGUGCAAUACGAACGUGCAACAGGUGGCUAAGCGCAUAUAUGCGUGCUGUGACGGGGAAGGUGGCUCCUCUACUACUACGACCGGUACGAACUGCCGAAGCGACAUCUGCACGGACUACGCAGAGGACUGCUGCGCGCCGGACGACGAGCCCCGCGGGUGCAGCCUCGCGGGCUACGAGGUGCAAGAUGACUGGGUGGGCUCGUCGGGCUGGCCAUCAUGCGUCAGCACGUACGGCCAGGAGUCGGUGUAUCAAUGCUGCUCGACGUCCUCGACUGGCUCCUCCGAUGCGCUCUUCGUCGCCGGGCCCUCGGGCGGCGACUAUCGACGGCGGCGGCGGCGACGACAUCCGGGCGACGUGUCAGUGCGCCUCGGAAUACGAGUGGUGGGACGACCGCCGGCUCUCCGCCGUCGACGAGCCGCGGCGUCUGGGUCACUGCUGCGACUACGGUGCGUACUGCUCCUGCAUGGAGUCGGAGCUCGGCGCCGGCUGCACUGCGCCCGACUGCGGCGACUGGGACGAGGACGAGGACUGCGGCUCCGACGCAACCAGUGGCUCGGACGCAGACGUGACGUGCUCCUUGGUAAUCAACGACGAAAUUACCGCCGUGUACGUCGACGGGCAGGACGUCACGGACUCUCUCUGCGGCGAGUGGCCGGCGACGCUCAGAUUCUCCAGCGCGGCGAGUCUCUUCGCAAUCAGCGGCUACGACAAUCAGGGCGGAUGCCAGUACGGCGGAUUCGCGAUGCGCUGCUCCACGGCGGACGGAACCGGGCCGUGGCACGGCCUGACGGCCGACACGCAGAACUGGCGCGGGACCAACUGGGUCUCUGGGAGCAGUUGGACGCAACUCGGCUUCGACGACAGUGCCUGGCAGACUCCCUCCGUGGGUGGCGAACCGCAGUACGGGUCCGAACUCGUCGGGGGCGGCGACACGAUUUGCGUCGAGGGCGAUUUCUACUUCCGAAGAGAGGUUGAUCACCCGACGCCCCUCGAAUCGCCCUUCCUCGUCACCGGCGACCUCACCUUCGAAGGCAUGACGUACGAAGCGGCGCUGGACAACACCAACGUCUUCCUCGCCGCCGUCGCCGAUCUCUGCGGCGUGGCCGCGUCCGCCGUGACCGUGGAAAUCUCGAGGGCCCGCCGCCGUCGUCGCCUCGCGGAGGGAAUCGUGGUGACGUACACCGUGGGCGUCGCGUCCGCGAACGAAGCUCAGACGGUCACGAGCGCGAUUUCGAGCAGCUCGACAGCAGACGUCGACGCCGCAAUCAGCAAAGCCGCGACGAACGCGGGCGUCGACGACGAUUUCGACGGCGUCACGACGACCAACGUGGGUACGCCCACGGCGACGGCGUCCGACGACGACGGUGGGUCCUCCAGCGGUAAAGACGACGGGCCGGAUGCUGCGUCGGCGGCGACGAUCAUAGCGUCCGUCGCGGCGGCUAUGUGUGUGGUCUUGAUUGGAGUCGUCGGUCUUCUUUACUGGAAGACGCAGCAGGUCCAGGGCCGACCGGUGAGGCCCGUGGGCGCGGUCGCGGUGGAGAUGGCCACGUACGGACAGACGAUGGUCGCCCCCAGCUACGUCCUCAAGGCGAACAGCGACGAGGUCUGGCGGGACCCCGCCCCCCGGGCGUCGGCGCCGCCCGGCCGAAGCUUUUGCAUCGACUGCGGUGCGGCGAUCCAGGGCCGGUUCUGUGGCGCAUGCGGGCGGAAUCAGCCCGCGGCGGCUCAGCCCGUGGCGGAACAGCCACCCUUUGUGGCGCCGACGCUUUUCCGGCGGCAGCCAAUGGACAAUAAUCAAGGCGCGCCGCACAGCCUUCCCGUAGAGAUCAUCAGCGCCGCCGGACAAGGGCCGCCGGCCGGCGCUCGACCCGUCCCGCAGGGGUCCGUGGUACAAGGCUCCGUGGUGCAGGGGCCCGCCGUGCAGGAACCCGCCGAGCAGGGGUACCUUUAGGUCCGUUCGCUUUGUCGAAGAAGAAUGAUCACUCCCCCUCCCCGCGGCAGAUGGUGUUGCCGGCGUCCGCGUAUAUACCUUUUCUGACAAUUGACCCAGAGGGGGGCCAACUUAGAUCUCGCGAGCAGCCUGUAGCACAGUCCAGGACUCAAGCACUUAAGACUUUUUUGGCAAAACUUGGCUUGGCAUGGCUAGCGGCGUAAGACACUAGCAAGCAAAAUCUGGGGCAAGGCGUAUGGUUCGUCUAUUAGCUAUGGGACGUCGUCCGGAGGGCUUGGGACGAGCGAUUUUUUAGCGCGGAUAUACAGGCUGAUAACACUGAGGAGCUUGGCUUGGGCAACAAGCGCCAAGGAGUAGAGCUUUGUUUAUCGUCCGAGUGGUUCGAGAAGCUGCUUCGUGGUCCCUGUGGUCUGUCCUCGUGCGCUGGUGGGCGCUGGGAUCGCUGGGGCAGCCCCAUGGCCCACGGCCCCUGGGGAUCAUUGUCUCUGGUGUUUGCUGCUCUUAGUGUUUGCGGCGCUAUUGACUCUCUCGGCGCACGGCCAUCCGUGUCGUGGAACGCCGCGCGCGCAGAG